AACCCGGAGAAAAGACUGCAAUCAGGACGCCAUAUAGCCCAUGCUGAAGCUUUUGCCGAAGACAAGUGGCCUUAUGGGUAGUCACAGAGUGACUUUUUCCGGCGGGUCACACUUUUUCUAGUGCGCUCCUUCGGUCCUGGCAGUUGGUUUGUUUUUCCUUUCCCCCCCACCGUGCGUAAUUUCUCUCCAGGAUCGGCAGAAGCGAGAUCACAACAACACGGGGACGAGGACUUCGAGCUCCAAAUCCAAAAAGGCACUGAGGGGGAAAAUGAAAGCCGUUUGGGAUAUCUGCUUGAUUUUCCUCACUCUGCACGUUCCUGGCGCGCUGUCCUUCUCCACACAGGUAGCAACCAUCUACCCCCAGGACCCCGCCCUGACCAUUGGGUCCAGUCUGACUGCCACUUGUUGUGUGAACCCUGACCUUGGUGUCCACGCCAGCUCUCUGUUCUGGACACUGAACGGUCGCCGACUGCCCAGCUCCUCGUACAGAGUUCUGAGCCCAACGGCCCUCAGUGUGACAUUGGCCAGGCUCCCCGCUUCCCGGCAACGCUCUGGCGACAACCUGGUGUGUCAUAACCCUGGGGGACAUGUCUUGGCUGGUUCCUGCCUCUAUGUUGGCCUGCCUCCGGAGAAGCCGGUCAAUCUGACCUGCUGGUCCAGGAACACCAAAGACCUGACUUGCCACUGGGCUCCAGGAGGACAGGGAGAGACCUUCAUAAGGACCAAGUACAUACUCAAGUACAAGCUCAGGUGGUACGGUAAAGAGAAGGAAUGUGAGGACUACAGCCACACUCAGCCGUACUCCUGCUACAUCUCCCGGGUACUGUCCCUCUUUACGCCCUACGAGAUCUGGGUGGAAGCGUCCAAUCAGCUGGGCCGGGCUUCCUCUGAUGUCAUCACGCUGGACAUCCUAGACGUGGUGACGACAGACCCUCCAUCGGGUGUGACAGUGAGUCGGGUUGGCGAGUUAGAGGACCAGCUGAGUGUCCGCUAAGCUCCGCCUGCGCUCAAAGACUUCUUGUUUCAGGCCAAGUACCAGAUCCGCUACAGACUGGAGGACAGUCAAGACUGGAAGGUGAUGGAUGAUGUCGGCAAUCAGACAUCCUGCCGUCUGGCUGGACUCAGGCCUGGAACGGUGUAUUUUGUCCAGGUUCGCUGCAAUCCCGUGGGCAUCUACGGAUCUCGCAAAGCUGGAAUCUGGAGUGAGUGGAGCCAUCCCACGGCCGCAUCUACGCCAGUCAGCGAGAGGUUCAUGUCGGGUUCCUGCGACUCCAAGUCCAGCGGAGAUUCAAACUCAACCCUGCGGAAGGAGCUGAAGCAGUUCUUCGGCUGGGUGCGGAAACACGCCUACGGCUGCAGCAGCAUAUCCAUGAAGCUGUACGACCAGUGGAGGGUGCUGAUGCAGAAAUCCCAUAAAGCUCGCAACCAGAUUCUCCAAGAGGAUAAAUCAUAGCACACGCUGCUUUUGUACGCUGCAACCCACUCAACAAAACAGAUUGUAUUCAUUUUCAAGACAACUGUGGACAAGCAGUUGGACAUGAGACGACGUUCAGAUAGAAACUGUGGGAUUGCAUUCCUGUAUGCACCAUUCUCAUCUGAGAUGGACCCAGAAGGUCCUGGAUGACCUAGUUUCCAUGGGAAAGGACUAGGAAGGGGCCACGUCGCCGUGUUUGCUGUCAGAGACGAGGCUUCAUUUCGUGCUUACAUUGGAAUCACCGCGACCUUUGGACACGCUCGUGAUCCGGACACCUGCAAAGACAUGGGGCUCCAUUUAUGUACCUGAAGUUGAUCAAGUCCGACAAAGAGAUUUCAAACCAGAAGUGUUCCCGAAGCAUCUGAGAGCAUUCAGAGUUUCUCCUGUGGAUCAACAACACCACCCAGUGGCUGCUCUGGGGAAACUCCAAACAAAGGUUUAUCUUUCACUGUGCUUUAAAAAAAUUCUAUCUAUAUAAAUAUCUUUACAGUAUUCCCGCUGACAGUUUGAUGUAGAAGUGGACAAUUCCCCAAACUGCUUCACUCAGAAUCCAUCUGUUUCUGAGUGACAGCGUGUGACUGAUGAAAUGAUGUUUGUAUAUCAAGAGGUUUCUCUGCCUUUAUUUUUGUACUGAAUUGUACCAGCAUGUUUAAAAAUGUAUAAAAUGUUUUAUUUUUUAAGUUAUGUACAGUUAGUAAAAAAAUAUCAUUGACUGAAGUUGGUGUUAUUAAUCUUUAAUAUUCUAUAAAAUGUUGUCAAAAACAGGA